GGUAAAAUUUUAAAUAAGCUAGACUUGUUUCUAAGGAAUUAGCAUUUUCUAAAAUAUUUUCUCGAUGUAUUUUACAUCUAAGUGCUUUUCUAAUUAUUCUAAUGCUGGUAUUUAUAUAUACUAAAAAAUUUUUAAUUUCUUCGAUUGUUUUGAUUUUACUAAUAUAUUCAUGAAUUAGCUUAAGCGAGCCUUUACAUAUAGCCGUCACUGUUUCCUGCGGAUGCAUUUCUUUUUUUUUUUUUUUUUUGCUGUCGAACUUGUUUAUCACAGUAGAAAGAAGAGCACUAUUAUUUUUCUUUAUUUUUCUGUGGAAUACCUUCUUAUUUAUAUGUGAACGAAAUUUCCGAUUGUAACUCACAACUCAACAAAUUUAAUAAAAAUCAGCGAAAAAUGAGACGCGUAUUUUUGCAAGCUCAGAAAAACAACUAAAUUAUCAACUUCAGCGUAAUUAAGAAAAUGUAAUCUGUAGUAAAAGUGGAGGAAAAUAGCAAGAGUGGGGAUUGAUAAUGUGUAUAAAUGGGAGAUCACCCGCAAGAGUUAUAACAGUCCUCAACAAAUUGAAGAUCACAGUCAGUCCUCAACACUUAAGAAAAAUAUAUAUAAACAACAAAAUGGAGCAAUUUGUCAUAUGCCCGUUUGACAGAAGCCAUAGGCUUCUUGAGAGCCGAUUGAAGCGCCAUAUUUUUAAUUGUCAUCGUGAGGCCUGGGAGCGGGAGAGAUGUCUUCGUGAGGCUGCUUCCAGAGCAUCCCAUACGCCACCAUCACCACCACCACGAGCACCACCACCACCGCCAAUAAUAGAAUGCCCAGACAACUGGGAUAAUGAAAUUAGUCAAACGUACGUCCCCUCCAUGAGUAGGGAGCUGCUUCUGGACAGAACGGCAAUCAAUAAUUAUAAGUCAGUUUUUAGAAGAAAAUAAUAAAAUAAUUAUAGUAA